ACCCGGAAGCUGACGCCGAACCCGAGCUAUUCCAUCGGCGGAGUAAAGAUGGCUGACCAAGGCGCCGCAGAUCCUGGUAAUAACAACAACAACAAUAAACCUGAAGCCUCGGAGGGAACUAUUAUUAAGGUCACAGUGAAAACUCCUAAAGACAAAGAGGAAAUCGCCAUCGCAGAAGAUGCUUCUGUCACUCAGGAUGGCGGUAGUACCUCCGCCUCCAGCUCGGCCUCCACUCAGGCGGGAAGUAGCUCCUCUUCUGGUCCCAGCGCCAACCCCACGUCCACAGCAGGCUCCACCAGCUCUGCAGCACCAACCGCACAGCCUCCCAACGUACUGAGUGGCUUCGGGGACCUGGCCAGCCUAGCCGGACUGGGCAUGGGCUCGGCCAACUUCAUGGAGCUGCAGCAGCAGAUGCAGCGGCAGCUCAUGUCCAACCCAGAAAUGCUCUCUCAGAUCAUGGAGAACCCGCUGGUGCAGAACAUGAUGUCCAACCCCGACCUGAUGAGACAGAUGAUCAUGGCCAACCCUCAGAUGCAGCAGCUGAUGGAGCGCAACCCAGAGAUUUCCCACAUGCUCAACAACCCAGAGCUAAUGCGACAGACAAUGGAGCUGGCUAGAAACCCCGCCAUGAUGCAGGAAAUGAUGCGAAACCAGGACCGUGCUUUGAGUAACUUGGAAAGCAUCCCAGGAGGUUAUAAUGCCUUGCGGAGGAUGUAUACAGACAUCCAAGAACCCAUGUUUAGUGCUGCAAGAGAACAGUUUGGUAGCAACCCGUUUUCAGCUCUAGGCGGUACCUCAGAGUCUGGCGCUCAGCCAUCGAGGACGGAGAACCGAGAGCCCCUCCCCAAUCCAUGGGGACCCCCAAAUGCUUCGAGCUCCUCUGAGAGUGGAGGGGCCACCACAGGGAGCACCGGCACCACGGGGGGAACCACCCCAAGUGUGUCCAAUCCUCUGGGCAUCAAUGCUAGCAGUCUGGGAAACGGCAUGUUCAACAGCCCCGGCAUGCAGAGUCUAUUGCAGCAGAUCUCAGAAAACCCCCAGCUGAUGCAGAACAUGCUGUCUGCUCCGUAUAUGCGCAGCAUGAUGCAGUCGCUGUCCCAAAACCCAGAGCUAGCAUCCCAGGUUUUGAUGAAUAAUCCUCUGUUCGCUGGAAACCCACAACUGCAGGAGCAGUUCCGAGCUCAGCUGCCCGUCUUCCUGCAGCAGAUGCAGAACCCAGAGGCGCUCUCUGUCAUGACCAACCCCCGGGCGAUGCAGGCGCUCAUGCAGAUCCAACAGGGUCUGCAGACGCUGCAGACGGAAGCUCCCGGCCUCAUGCCCAGUUUGAUGACAAGCGGGAUUCCUGGCGUUCCCACAGGAGGAAGCGUGCUCGCCGAGAACCCCGCCUCCUCACCCAGCAGUGCUGGAACGAACGCCAGUCAGCAGCAGCAGCAGCUGAUGCAACAGAUGCUCCAGAUGUUUGCCGGUGGAGCCGGAGGAGGAAGUGGAACGACUCAGACCCCAGAAGUCCGGUUCCAGACCCAGCUAGAGCAGCUGAGCGCCAUGGGCUUCAUCAACCGCGAAGCCAACCUGCAGGCCCUCAUCGCCACCGGAGGAGACAUCAACGCCGCUAUCGAGAGACUGCUGGGCUCACAGCCCUCGUAAAAGAAAACAAAACAACAACAAAAAAUAACAUACAGUACAUGAUGAUGACACACAGACACGCUCGUAAAUACGUACUCAAGUCAUAAACACACCCAGCGUCUACAGAGAACCAGGAGAAAUCUCAAAGUGUAUCGUCCAAAACUUUCUAGAAUAAACUUGGACAUGCACUGCAAAGACCCUCAUCUGUUCUCAGAUCAUUCCCCAAAGUCCUUUUACUUUGUCCUGUUUGGCCUCAUGCGACCCUGCAGAGUUCUGCUAGUCCGACUGAACCCGCUCUCCGUGAAGCGCGCUCCGGUGUGGAGAGAGAAGCAGCCACAUCGAGAGAGCUGCAGGCGCAACGUUUGAACGUUUCCUGGUAGAAGUCAGUAAACCUGAACACGAACUGGUCUUUUUUUUUUUUUUUCCUGUUUUAUCCCAGCAACUUUCACUAUUUAUUACAAGCGCCUAAUCACAUGACGCCCUCCACGCUUCCCUUGAAGGUGUAAUUUGUCAUUCCAGUUUAAAGUGCCCACCCACGAGUGCUGUCUCCUCUUCCUCUGAGGCCCCGCCCCCCUCUGCUGCGGUCCUGAAAGAGCGCGGUCAGCACUUGGACGACAGUAAAAACCUCGAGGAAUUCUUUGAGCCGCUCCAGAGCAUCACCCUCUGACGCAGAAGAUCUGUUUUUAACCUGAUUAUGAUUUGGUGUGAAAUUAAGCAUCAAACUGAUUUAAAAAAAUCAAAUGAUUUGAGUAAAUAGUAAAAUGAUUGAAAGGCUUUAAAAACACCAUAUCUUUCUCCCCUCCUCUCCAAAAAAUCACAAGUCUAGAUUGUUUUUUAUUUUUUUUCUUUCUUUUUUUCAGAGUCAGCGUUGUAGUUGUGGUAACCUUGGCAACUGCUUCAUGGCUUUGCAUUUUGUCUGUUGACCUCAGCUGAAAUUCAAUUCCAUAAAUAAAUAAAUCCAUCUCCCAGUCGGAAAGGUUGAAACUAACUUUUAACAGUACUGUACUAAAAAGUAAUAAAUGGUGGUCAAAAACA